GCGGGGCGCCGGGGAUCACGGGUUCCCCGCAGCGGGCAGCGGGCUGAGGCGUGGCCCCCACCCUUCUCUGCCGGGCGCGCGGCCAUGGCGCGGAAGUCGAGCCUUCCUCUCCUUCUGGUGCCGCUCCUGCUCGGCCCAGGCCUCGUGCACGGCUCCAGCCCUCUGCCCCUGGUCCUCAACACUUGGCCUUUUAAGAAUGCAACCGAAGCAGCGUGGCAGACAUUAGCAUCUGGAGGCUCCACCCUGGAUGCAGUUGAGCAGGGCUGUGCCGUGUGUGAGAGGGAGCAGUGUGACGGCACCGUGGGCUUUGGAGGGAGUCCCGAUGAGCUUGGAGAAACCACGCUGGAUGCCAUGAUCAUGGACGGCACUACUAUGAACGUAGGAGCGGUAGGAGGUCUCAGGAGAAUUAAAAAUGCGAUUGGUGUGGCUCGGAAAGUGCUGGAACAUACAGCACACACGCUGUUAGUGGGAGAGUCAGCCACCACGUUUGCUGAAAGUAUGGGGUUUAUCAGUGAGGACUUAUCUACCGAUACCUCUCGAGCCCUGCAUUCGGACUGGCUUGCUCGGAAUUGCCAGCCAAAUUACUGGAGGAAUGUUGUACCAGAUCCUUCAAAAUACUGUGGACCUUACAAACCACCUAGUAUCUUAAAGCAAGGCGGUCCUACCCAUAAAGAAACAGGAGAUAAUUACGGUCAUGAUACAAUUGGUAUGGUCGUAGUCCAUAAGAUGGGACGUACUGCUGCUGGCACAUCUACAAAUGGUAUAAAAUUCAAAAUACAUGGUCGAGUAGGAGAUUCGCCAGUCCCGGGAGCUGGUGCGUACGCAGAUGACAGCGCGGGGGCGGCUGCAGCCACUGGUGAUGGUGACAUACUGAUGCGCUUUCUACCAAGCUACCAGGCUGUAGAAUAUAUGAGAAGAGGAGAGGAUCCAACCGUAGCUUGCCAGAAAGUGAUUUCCAGAAUUCAGAAGUAUUUUCCAAAUUUCUUUGGGGCCGUGAUAUGUGCCAAUGUGACUGGAAGUUACGGUGCUGCUUGCAGUAAACUUCCCACAUUCACUCAGUUCACUUUCAUGGUUUAUAAUUCUCUAAAAAAUCAGCCAACUGAAGAAAAAGUGGACUGCAUCUAAUCCAUCUUUUCCGUCAGCAUCUAUAUUUAAAGAAGAAAGAAACAAAGGCUGAAAAGGUUACUAUCAUCGUAUCCUAUGCUUCGUGCAUUCUACCUUCUUUGUGUAAAAUAAGCACAAAAAUAAAUGUGUGCUGAAGUAACACUUUCCCUUUCUAUA